GCAGGCAAGGAUCGCUGCCGGGCAGCUCCCCCCGUGCCUCAGAGCCCCUCGAGCAGAGCCCACGAGGCCGGGCAAGGAGCAGCCCCCCCCGGGGCCCCCACCCCGGGUCCUCCCGCCCGCUGCGGGGCGCUGCCCGCCGCCGCCCCGCGGCCCCAUCCGCCGUGAGAUGGCGGCGCAGUUCCGCAGCUACGUGUGGGACCCGGCGCUGAUCGUGGCGCAGAUGGUGCUGCUGCAGGCCGCCUACUACAGCUCGCUCGGCCUCUGGCUCGCCCUCCUCGGCGCCCUGGGCAGCACCCGGCCCUCCCUGCACCAGGUCUUCAGCGACGAGAUUUUAGGCUUCUCAACCCCGCCCGGGAGGCUCUCCAUGAUGGCUUUCAUCCUCAACGCGCUCACCUGUGCUCUGGGGUUGCUGUACUUCAUCCGAAGAGGAAAGCAGUGCCUGGAUUUCACAGUCACCGUUCACUUCUUCCAUCUUCUGGGCUGCUGGAUUUAUAACUCGCACUUUCCCUCGACUCUGACGUGGUGGCUGGUGCACAUCGUGUGCACAGCGCUCAUGGCCGCGAUUGGGGAGUACCUCUGCAUGAGGAUAGAACUCAGAGAAAUCCCACUGAAUUCUGCUCCCAAAUCCAACGUAUAAACUUGCUCUGGCAACAACGUGCCGCAUUGCAUCAUUGUUUCCAGCACAAGUACAUCUAAUGCCUGAAAGUCAUCACUGAAGAAGCACAGCAGGUCUGUUUAGACUUUUUUUUUUUUUUUUUUAAGAUCUUGGUGACUGCGUGAGUGUGAGCAUCUCCUCUGUCAUCAUCAGACAGCAGGGAGGAGCAGAUGUUUAUUUUAUUAACACAAAGCAUUAAUGACUGUAUGGCAAGUGUGCUCUUAAGCUCUUCAUUCAUGAGACUGUUAAAAAGCAAGUAGCAAAUCUUCAUGCGUGAGGAGCACCUGGAAUUAAGCAAAUGUGAGAGGUCCCUGUAUGGGUAUUAUAGUGGUCAGCUCAUCUUGCAGGAGCUGGCACAGUGAGAGCGGGGCCAGGAGCUGCUGCUACCAGGUUGUGAAUUCGCAUGUGCUUUCGUUGGAAAGAAGUGAAUGGAUGGGGGAAAGAGAACAUAACUGUACUUAAUGUGAAUCACCAGCUGAGACCCUAAAUAACCUAUAAUCUUAGAUGGGUUUGUUUGCUGUUUCCAUGUUUAAUACAUAGAGAUGUCAGACAGCAGUUUGCUGAAGAAAUCUUUUGUAAUAAUAAAGGUGUUAUGUUGCUGCGAGCGUGUUACUGGGAAGCUAAGCACUUCAAGAAAUACCAUGAAUGUCUGCAUUGUGGCAACAGAAGUAUCUGGGCAAAUCAGGCAGCAUAAUGCUUCAGAAAGCGUGUCAGCAGCCCGGGGCCUCCACAUGCUUAGUCCUGGGCUGGGGCUGUUUUGGGGGAAAUCUGCAGAAGUUUCUAUAGCCACACUACCCUUCCUAGUUGCCUGGGUCUUCCUGUCAGGCCUCAAAAAUCUAGCAGCAUAGGCAGUCUGGUUGAGGUACCAUUUAUUCAAGUAAGAAACCUCUACUUGGUUCUCAAAGUGUUAGGAUGCACGGUCAGUUAGAGAUGCUUCCAAAAAUCUCACCUGUUGGGCUACCACAAACAAAAACCUUACAGCCAAAGGGCAGACCUGCAUCUCGUGUGCGGCCUGCUAAGGGCUGUUUUGCUUGUGAGAUCCCAGAAGAGGGCAAAGCAAGUCCUAAAGAAAGACUGUUCUCCUGUGCAGCUUCUUGCUGCAGUAACUUUCCUUUGUAUGUCGAUGUUUGUAAAUGCCAAUUUGUGUAAAUUAUUUGCUAAUUUAGUUUGUUGAGAGUUGAUGGGAUGAUUUGAGGUUGAUAAACUCUCUUCAAAGUU